AUGGUACCCUGGAGAAUCGAACCCUGCACGCUUGCCGACGUUCCGGCGCUGGCACGCAACAACAUGAGCGCCUUCUGGACGGACCCGAACUGGAUCCUCCUCUGGCCCAAGGACAUCAGGCUCGACUUUUUGAUCGAGCAGGUGACGGAGCGCAUGCCCAACAGCCUCCUCGGCAACCGCGCGACCCUGCGCCACCAAAAGGCCGUCGAUCCGGAGACGGGCGCCGUCGUCGGCUACGCACGCUGGGAACUUCCUGCAGGUUACGAGGGGGCUGCCGCAUGGGCCGAUUCGCAGAUCGCGGACGUGAGCGAGGAGCAGCGAAAGACGUUCAAGGAGAGGUCGGACGCGGCGUGGUGGAAGCCGCGUCUCAUGAACGGAAUCGAUGACUGCGUGCCGGAGAAGGAUCGCGUCCUGGCCGAGAAGCCGUACAUCAGUGAGUGGCCGUCAUCAGUGGGCGAAACCGGGCUGGACACGCAUCUCAUCGCCUUCCACGGGCCCGGACCCCCCUUCGGAGACCCCAAGGGUCGUCUCGACUACCUCGCCGUCCACCCCGAGAACAAGGGCAAAGGGGUCGCGACGGCACUCGUCGAAAACGGCGUGAGGCUGGCGGAGGAGACGGGCGUCGACGUCUUCAUCCUGGCCUUCCCCGCCGGCUUGAACGUCUACAAGAGACUGGGCUUUAAGGAGAUCCAUCGCGGGUACCAGGACGAUAUCAAGUACGGAGGCGAGGGGUACUGGGUGACCCUGCUGACGUACGAGGUGAGCAAGACGAGUUCCUGA